GGCGGCCGCGGGUGCCCGAGCCCCUGCGGGCGUCGGAGCCGGGCAGAGCACCUGCGGGUGAGCGACGCCGGGCUCGGGCGGGCGGGGCUUGGGCUGCGGCGGAGCGGGGCUGCCUUCCUCGGGCGGGGCCGCCCGCCCCCGUGGGUGGUACCCGGCUGCUGCGGGGCGCCCCGUGCCCCAGGCAGCCGCGAGCAGACGGGCAGGUCAGUGCCUCGGCGGCUGCGGCACGGGGAGCGCGGCUGGGCCGGCUCGCCGGAGGGAGAGGAGAAAAGUUUGUGCGGUGCGGAGCGGAGCGUACGAAUGAAGAGAAUACUUCCUAUGAAGAAUAAAAGUACUUGGUGGAAGAACCCUUAAAGCACCUUUACCUUCAAAGCUGAAGAAAAGUAUGAAGGAACAAUCCAUCUAACUCCCUCAGCAUCUCACACAGGACUCACAAUGGCUCUUUGCAAAAAAACUGUUGGUAGUGUCUUGGAAGAGUGGUGUUUGAACGAACCACUGUUUGGUUGCAAACGGCACCAGAAUGUUAGGAAAAAACUGAGACUGAUAAGGAUAAUAGGGCUUCUUGUCAGUGUAGUGGCCAUUAGUACUUUCUCUCUUUCAAUUAGUGCCUUUUUCAAGAUGGAAACACAUAGCAAGGUGUUGGCCAGCAGCCUAGAAAGCCAAAAGCUGGUGCACGGGCACCAAAGAACUCUGUUGGAUUUCAUGGAACAGAAUGAAGGCAGCACUCCAGAUUCACCUACGUCUAUGAAACAUGAAGCUGAACAUGACAAUGCAACAGAAGAGCAUUCCAAGGGAGAGUACCCAGAGGACCUUUUCUCUCUUGAAGAAAGAAGAAAGGGUGCGGUGAUACUCCAUGUAAUUGGAAUGAUUUACAUGUUCAUAGCCUUAGCCAUAGUCUGCGAUGAGUUCUUCGUUCCUUCCUUGACUGUCAUCACUGAAAAGCUGAGCAUAUCUGAUGAUGUGGCAGGGGCAACCUUCAUGGCUGCUGGUGGCUCAGCCCCAGAACUUUUCACUUCUUUAAUAGGAGUGUUUAUAUCCCACAGCAAUGUCGGCAUUGGGACAAUAGUGGGAUCUGCUGUGUUUAAUAUCCUGUUCGUGAUUGGAAUGUGUGCUUUAUUUUCUAGAGAAAUCUUGAAUCUUACUUGGUGGCCACUCUUUCGAGAUGUGUCCUUUUACAUCGUUGACUUGAUCUUGCUGAUCAUCUUUUUUCUGGAUAACUUAAUCAUGUGGUGGGAAAGCUUAACACUCCUGACAGCAUACUUUUGCUAUGUGACUUUCAUGAAGUUCAAUGUUCAAGUAGAAGAGUGGGUGAAAAAAGUUUUAAACAGGAACAAGGUUGAGAAGGCUACAACAGGAGACGCUGAAGGAAAGUCACCUACUGCUGGCGACAAGGAUGACCAAACACUGACGACCAAGCCACGGCUCCAGCGGGGAGGAAGCUCUGCAUCUCUCCACAACAGUCUGAUGAGGAACAGCAUCUUCCAGCUCAUGAUUCACACACUUGACCCGCUUGCAGAAGGAAAAUUCAAGGAGAGGGCCUCAAUUCUGCAUAAGAUCGCCAAAAAGAAGUGCCAGGUAGAAGACAGUGAAAGGCAGAAUGGAGCUGCUAAUCAUGAGAAAGGUGCAAAAGUGGAAGUUGCAGUAACACCACCAAGUGAUUCAGGACCAGUGCAGAAUGGAAUUGCUCAUAAUGUUGAUGAAGAGAAUGAAGAGGACGAGGACCAGCCGCUCAGCCUGGCCUGGCCUGACACCCCACGGAAGCAGCUCACCUACCUUCUUGUACUGCCCAUUGUUUUCCCUUUGUGGGUUUCCCUCCCGGAUGUCAGAAAUCCUAGGUCAAGAAAAUUUUUUCCUAUCACAUUUUUUGGCUCAAUCAGUUGGAUUGCAUUCUUUUCUUACUUGAUGGUCUGGUGGGCACAUCAGGUUGGAGAAACCAUUGGUAUUAGUGAAGAAAUCAUGGGCUUGACUAUUUUAGCUGCUGGCACAUCCAUUCCUGACCUUAUUACCAGUGUUAUUGUAGCACGCAAAGGUCUGGGGGACAUGGCUGUAUCCAGUUCUGUCGGAAGCAACAUAUUUGACAUCACAGUGGGCCUUCCUCUCCCGUGGCUCCUGUAUGCUGUGAUUAACAACUUCUCCCCGGUGACUGUCAGCAGCAAUGGUCUGUUCUGUGCAAUCGUCCUCCUCUUCAUCAUGCUGCUCUUUGUCAUCCUCUCCAUCGCUUUCUGCAAGUGGAGGAUGAACAAAUUCCUGGGCUUUCUCAUGUUUGGGCUUUAUUUCGUGUUCCUGAUUGUCAGCGUCCUCCUGGAGGACAAAGUGAUCCAGUGUCCUGUCUCCAUCUAGUGGAAAGUGCUGAUUCUUGAGGAAAAAAAAAAAAGUUAUAGAUGUUUAUUUAUUCAGUAUAUAUAUAUAUAUCGAAAUGAAAUGAAAUGGUAAAAAAAAAAAAAGGGAAAAAAAAAAGAAAAAAAACAGAAAAAAAAAGAAAAAAAAAGCCACCAUGGAAAAAAAUUGUAAAUGUCCUACCCUUCAGUUUUAAAAGAGAGAAAGAAAGAAAGUGAUAGAAAGAGAGGAACUCGGAGUAAAGACUGAUUGCUGCAGAGCAGUGCGCUUGCACAUGGAGCUGAGGCCAGCUGUGCUGAGGUGUUCUUCGCUGGCUGCAGAACAACCUCGCCACUCAGCACUGGGGAUGCUGCACACGCACUGAGAGGGUGAAAGCUGCUCUUUCUCCAAUGCCUACGGUACACAUCCACAGACUUCUUUUUCUCUGUCAUAGUACACACAGAUAUACAGAGUACUCAUUUCUUUAAGCUAUAAUCUUCUAAAGGGGAAUGCUAAUACUGACUUUGGGGAGGCACCGCCUCCCACACACCAUGGUAUGGGAUUUAUCUGAUGAUCUCCUGAUGCUGCUGAGUGGAAAGCGUUUGCUGAGUGCAUGAGUCACAGGGAGGGAAAUCUUGCACGUCUCUUCGUUGAGGUGGACUCACAUUUUGUGAUUUCAGCAGAGCCAGGGAGUUACCAGUGGUUUGGUCCUCUGCAUCACGGGACUACAAAGGCCAUCAGCAGGAAGUCAACGAUGAAUAAUUACAUCUUGCAAAGCUCUUCAGACUGCUGAAACCCCAGUGCUAGCACUGAAGGGACUGUGUUGGCUGACCAAUAUGUGACUGAUGCAGAUUUUCACUCUAUUCACAGGCGAGGCCUGUCUGGGGAUUUCUGUCUGGGGAUUUGCUGUUUUCUCUAAUACCAGUGCAGCAUGCAAAGAGAUGAUACAACUGAUAUGUGAACACAGCAUUUUUUUCUAACGCAGCAAUACUACCAACAGUACCAAUGGCUUUCAGAUGCUGUUACCAUGAUGAGUUUGCCUUUUGAUGCCAGAAGUAAAAGGCUAAUUUGCUUACGUAUUUCAUACAGAAAAUAGAGAUAGUUGUAAAAUGGUAGCCUAAUUGCUGAAGUGGAUAUAUACUUUACGAGCUAUCUUUCUCCAUUACUUGAAGUGUAAAGACCUUCACAGCUACGGAUAGUCAUUAUUGGAAGAAGUACUCAGCUGCUGUACAGAGCUGAGGCAGUUCAUUUUGCUCAUAUAAAUCUUUAUACUAGGUGUGGAAAAAUAGUUUAAAUGUAGUGGAACUGCAGGAAACCUAUGUGAAAAUUCUUCACUAUUGCUGGAAGUGUGAAUGUCCAAAGAAGCCUGGGAAGGAGUGAAAAUGCAAUAUUCUUUUACUGAAAUCCUGAGAGGAGGAGGAGGAGGAUGUCCAAAGCUAGAACAAAAAACGUAGUCAUAAUAACAAAAAGGAGAGAGAAAGCAGUGCAGUGUUCAUGUUUCCUGGAUGAUUAAAAAAAAUGGGAGAACUGGAACAGGUGUUAAGAAAUUAUUUCAGAUACUCAGUGUUUGCUUCUUCAAGUCUUUCUUUGCAGUUAGAGUUCAUGAAAUUUCAGUAUAUAUCUGUGACCUGUUUCAGCAUUGUUCUGUAUUCGUAUUGUGCUCACAAUGGCAUUGUAAUGCUCACAGCUGUGUAACAGAAGGCUCAGCACAUUCUGUCUCGUCUGUUUUUCUGAUGCUGUCAUCAUGCUUUCCUGCCUGUGUCCCUUGCUGUUUGCUUUUCACUCAUCCCUUUGUCGUUACUGUAUUCCUGCUACAUGUGUUUGUAUAUAACAGUAGCUGGCUAAAGAAUAAGGACUUGAGAGAAAACAAUGGUAGAGAAAACAGUAAGAAAUACACAUUAAAAACAACUGAAAUAUUAAUAUUGUGAGAUAUUAUGAAAAAAAAAAAGUGAAAUGCUACUGAGCAAAAGCAAGAAAACUAGGAGUUGCAAUGUCUGUUCCUCAUGUCUUAUUCUAAGGUAUUAAGUCCUAGUUAAAGAAUUGCAUUCAGAAGCAGCAUUGGAUCUUUAGCAUACACUUGCAGUAUCUUUUGCUUCUUAGUGCACUUUGGUGCAAGCUUUUCUCUCAUUAGGAGCAAAAAAACUGUGGUUGCAUUUAAGAUCCUGUGUUGCUCCAGAAUCCUCACCUGUAUUAACUGUAGUGCUACGGACCUCUUAACAUUUAUUUCUGUGUAUGUGCGUACACAAGGGGAAGAUAGGUACAGACAUACCUACAGUGCCCUCUGCUGAAAAGAAAAGCAGUUCUGCAAAAGAAAAUCCGUGACCCAAAUUCUGAGCUCAAAUGAAGCCGGUGUCCCAAGAAACAAAGCUGACUCUGCAGUAUAGCCUGCCCUGGGAGAACCACCAAAUGCUUCCUGUUUCUGAUGACGGUGCUCAAGGCAGCUUUUGGUGUGACCCAGGCGAUUCAUUCCCAGCUGAGCAGAGUAAGGCAGUGUGACCUACGAGAGCAUGUGCAGGAUUGAGAUGGGUCUGUGCAGUGUAUAUGGCCACUUACAAUAUACAGAAUACUCAGAUUCACUGGUUUACAUUUUAGGCCAAGAAACCAAGGAAUGCCAAGAGUCUGAUCUCUGUUCAGUGUAUUACUCUGGUUUUUUUGUCUGUUUGUUUUGUUAGUUUGUUUGUUUUCUCUGCUGCACAUACACGCAGUGUAAUCCCUCUAAUGAAAAGGAAAAACCCCAACUGGGAGCUGUAAGAGCACACUGGUGUGCUCUGCAGAGCUCAGGCAGCAACAAUACAGUGCUGCCCCACUGAGGGCAGGCAGGGAGUAAGGAGUAAAGGGUUGAAAGCCCUGUGCACUGCAAGCAUAUCAUUCCAAAGAUGGCGUGAUUACAGACUGGAGGUAUAACUGUGUGUGCAGGGCUAAGGCUGCUGCUCUACAAUGGCAUUCAUACGCUGUUAAAAUAACCGACUCAUUUCUUUCCUGGAGGAUGCUGUCUUUGUCUGCCUGCCCCUAUCAACACAUUUAUCUUGGAAGGUAUUAGAAGUAAUUUUCUUCCCCUCGGGAAGGAGACAGCUCACAGCUCCCACUGCCUUGCAUCUGCUGGGUGGGUCGUUAUUCAAGCAGCAGGAUAACUGCUGCUGUGGCAGCUCAGCUCCUGAGAUAGGGGGGAUUUCAGGUCUGCGGUGCUUCUAGGAGAGGCUGGCUCUGAAAGCCACUUGUAUAAUUGCUGGAACAAACUUGCAGGAUAACUGUGUGCUCUUUGGUUAUAAGGCAGUAGCUGUUCUGGUAGCAUAAAGAGACGGCGAAUGGAGACCCCUCUUUCCAUACAGGAGGAAUUUGAAAGCUGUGAAGGAAGGAGCUGAACAGGAAGCCGAGAGCUACUGCAGCAGUCACUGUAUGCCCAGAGUACGCCAGUUGCUAGGACACCCCUGUUCCACAGUGAGAGCAGAUUUACCAAGGGAUGAAUUGUCGUAGUUUAACUUCACCCUUUUCUCUCAGAAAUCACUGUUUUCCCAGCAGAAGGUGUUUCCCACUGUCCAUAACCGUUUCACUCUUGGACAUGUGAACAUUUCCCAGCACUGUACACCUAGAAAUCAAAUAGCGAUUUUCAAUCAGAAAAGGGUCUGAAUGACUUCAUUAGGGAACUGGUCCCUCGGAUUGCCUGAAUCCUGCAUUGCAUUACUCCGCGUGGAAGUCUGAUGAUCACGUGCUCGUAUGCCUGAGCUUAUUUAUUCAGCUGAUGUCUGCCUAAUCUCUCGAGGCAUAGAAGUAUUACCGAUACCAGAAGCGGCAUUCAAAUAAAAAUCUUGUUAUUGCUUAGUGUUUUGUGGCCAGCCCCAGGUUGGCAGCACAGUGAGGUUAGAGUACACAAUAAGGCUUCAGGUUGAGUAGCCAACUCUGCAUGGCAUCACCACAGCUGAGCAGAGCUGGUGUUGGACAUUAUUUUUGGAAGGGAUUUCCAGUAACAUUCGAGUAAGGUCACGAAUCAGAGUAUAACCUGUUGUGUGCAUUUUUAGCACUGACUUCAUUGGAAUUAAAGAAGAGAACGCAAAAUACCGUUAAAGUCCUGUGAGAAUGUGCUGUUUUACACACACAUGCAGAAAAAGAAGAAGAAGAAAAAAAAAAGCCAGCUUCCAUUUGCAGAAGAUGUUGCUGUAGAGCCAGUAAAGUAGAUACUAUAGAAGUGUAGUAAGAAGCGUGACCUGAAGAUCAUCUCUUCAAGAGCUACAUAUAGGCAUGGAAAAAUCUUUCAGCAAAUGCCUGGGCAUUUUUUUAGUUGUCUGUUUUACUGAGAGGUAGUGCUUUUGUGUAGUGCAGGCAGGCUCUCUGUGCCUGUAUGCCUAUGCCUAUUUAUUCUGUAGAUGUUGGUGUCUGAGUAAUCCUCAUGAAACAUGAAGCACAGUGAGUGACAAAGAAACUUAUCUAACUGUCAUUUGAUGUUUGUACUGGCAAUGAACCUGCCGUGUAAUUUCCAUAUAUGCUACUCUGAAGUAGUUUAUGGUAACUGUCACUCAUGGUACCAUUGUGUGUGGAUAUGAAGGUCCAUAAAGAGGUAGAUUAAAUGUGUGGUUAAUCCAAGUACUUUAAGAAAUAGAUGCUUAGAAAUGUUUGUACCUUUUGGGCGUUUUUUAAGGGAUUAUUUCUCUGGUUGUCUUUUAUUUCUUUACAUAUUUUGAGAAAGAACAGAAAUACAUUUUUUUUUUAAUGAUUCUCCUCUUAGUAGUAAUUCCUUGAGACAGCAUCUUGGGAUCCAUGUAGCUUAUGUUCUGAAUCAGAUAUGAGUCUGUAUCGAAUGGGUUUAUUUAACUUAUAACAAAGAAAUAAUCCCUUCUCCAACAACCAGCCCAUUGAAAUCCAGACGAUUUCUGCCAGAUACUUGGACAGGAGACAGGUUUUUAUUCUAGGAUCUUGUAUUUCAUAAAUGCAGUCCCACAACACACUGAUUUGUCCUGGGAGCUGUAUUAAAGGAGAAAAAAAAGUCAUUCCCUAGUAUUCUCGGAAACCAUUUUACCUCUUCUAAAUAACAAUGACAUGACUAACUGAGAAGGAGGCACGGUUAGUUGCUUUGAGCAGGUUAUCCUUAUUUUCCUGAAAAGUUUGAUGCAGUUCUUGCAUCAAAUUGUAGCAGAAGAUACAUCAGCAGAAGGUGAUUUCCAGAUUUGCAAAUGGGAUAGUUUGCACUGAGAGGCAUGGAGCAGAGUCCAUCAGAUAUGGGCUUUACUCAUCCUGGGCGAUGUUAAGAUUGUUUCUUCUUGGAUCUCUUGCUAUUCAUGGCAAUAUCAUUAUUGAGAUAUUAGUCAUUUCUUUUGAGGCUGGGUAGAUUACCUUCCAGCCAGAAGUUAUUGCACCAUCGGAUACAGAAGUCAUACAUGGAUCACAGUCCCAUAGCCCAGACAAUGUGGACCCGCUGUGUGUUGCUAAUUGUCAGUGUACGGCAUCUCAGGACUUGUCCAUCUGGAUGUGUGCAGGCAGCUCACACUUUCUCCUUGCCCGUGAGCCAGCCUGGCUGGACAUAAGCCAUCUCUUCUCCAGAAGCCAUGUAGUCACCUGAGCCCUUGCUCCUGAUCAGCCAGAUGAGUCAGCCCCAGCUAGAAGCCAUGUAACCACUUAGAGCACGUACAGAAGAGAUGUGCAGCUGGGCACUCAUUCCCAAAUGAGCCAUAAGUGGCCAAGGACAAGACUGAGUAAGAAAUGAUGUAAGUAGAAAAUGGUAAGUGAACUUUACAUUCAUGUAGAUUAAUUGCAAAUUCACCCCUCAUCAAACACAAAACCAAUCUAAACAAUGAAAUUUGUAUGCGUUUUUAAAGAUCUUGCACUUUACUACUUUUUUUUUUUUUUACUUUUAUUUUAUGUCACAUAGUUGUCUUAAUGCAAAGAGAAGCCAUAAAAGCCCAGAAGACUAGCUUUGGGUUUCUAAACAAGGGGAUAAUUAAUUUUAAAGUGAAGAAUCCAUUUCACAUCUUUGUUUAGGGUAUGAUGUAAAAUACCAUCAAACAAAUGUACAGUAAAGCAGGAUCUGGUUUUGCCUUAGUGGAGCUGUGAGUAAGUCAGAGGGAGUUUGCUCAUACUCUUGAGAUUCCCUGUGAGACUGUACAAAACGCUGCACACUGCCUUUGCAGCAGGAGCUCAGUCCUGCCAUCCUUGUUCACCACCGCAGAAGAAGGAAUACAAUGCUCGCAGAGUCAGGCCCAAGGACGCAAUUAAAUCCUCCUGUUACUCCCACACCUUGUCCCACCAAGACCACUGUAAAGGAAGGCCCCCUUACUUUAGAAAGUGCGUAUAAUCCAGGUUAUUCCUUAUCUUAACAACAACAACAACAAAAAGGUAAUUAUUUUAAGGUCAAAUCACAAGUCAAACACUUCUUUUAACCCCCUGUCAAAAUUAGGCGAUGUCAAAGGGAAUUUGUUUGGUUUUGUGUUCAUUUCCAUUACCAAGAUCUCUGUUACACAGUCCUAAUUUUGCAGUCCUGACUCUGGGGAAUUGAUUCCCGUGAGUGGGAAUUACUUCUGUCAUUAGAGAUGGCAAGAUCAGGCCUCUGUGUUGUCAUGUGAAAGUAACCGUAGCAUGCUAUAACUGACAAUCAGAUGCUAUUUUUGUAAUACAGAUUUUUUAGCUUGAUUGUUUCAAUUUGUAGUUUUCAUACUUUUCCAUCUCACAUUUUCAACUUAUUGUGACAAAAUCCUGACGUCCCCCAUCGUACCCCUUUCAAACACAAAAAAAUUUCUGUUACCACGGAAGCUGGUCCAAGCAAGCCCCAGAAAAUUCCGGUUUUUCUCUUGUGUUUGUGUGUAUGGAUCAUUACUCACUAUAUGAAAUUCUCUUAUCUCUGAAUCAUUGUAUUCUCUGUGAGUAUAAGUUUGUACAUAGUAUGAAAGUUAUAUUUAUUUGUACAUAGGCUCUCGGAAAUAAUCCCUUCUAUCAACGGUCCUACUUCACUGCAUCUACAGAAUGUUUCACUGUGUUGUGUACACCUUUUCCACCUAAGUAUGUGAACCUUAUGAUAUUGAUACAGCUCUUCAUCUAAAUCACUUUAUGUAAUUAAGUUGUCUAAGUGUGAAUAACAAUAACAACAAUAAAUAAUAAUAAAAAGGCUUGACAGUC